GCACUUGAGUCUUCUCCAUGCUGCCUAACCUAUGCCCUUUAGAACCAUUGCCUCUGCCUCGGACGAUAAAUAUGAGGAGUGUAGUUGAGGCUACAAGAAUAGACGUGCAACUGCCCAGAUUAGAUGCAAAUGGUAAUUAUCCUCUUUCACUUCCUCUUGCUACUGAUUGCUUCAGCAGUUGGUCUUGGUCCAGCCUUACCAGAUCAAGAUGUCUGCGAGCCAAAACACUGUAAACACGGCCAGCCACCCGUUCGGUACCCCUUUCGAUUGAAAGGCCGCCAACCGGACCACUGCGGCUCAUCUGGGUUUGACCUGUCCUGCAACAACAAGAACCAAACGGUGCUGGAGCUGCCCCGUUCGGUCCAGUUAUUGGUGAAGCGUAUAGAUUAUGUACACCAGAGGAUUCAGGUGUAUGAUCAAGAUGGAUGUGUCCAAAAGCAGCUUCAAAAUCUCAUUUUAUCUGCAUCUCCUUUCAUGUACAGCUCAGAUUCCCACUAUUACAGCGAGGGCAACUUCACUUUGUUUAAUUGUUCAAUUGAAGAUCAAUCCGAAUAUUAUGAUGCUUACAGUAGCAUCCCUUGCUUAAGUGGGUCUGGCUUCUAUGUUAAAAUCGAGGAUUCUGAUUCUGGAAACGACGACCUGUUGAGUUGCACGAAGGCUGUAGAUAUCUCUGAAGUUCCUCGAGCGAUGAUGUACAACAGGGAAAACAAAUUUGACUUUAAUUGGACCAAACCGCCGUGUGGGUUUUUAUGUGAAGUAAAAGGCCAAGGAUGUCGACCCAAUACUUCUAACACAUCGGGCAUAGAGUGCUAUUCCAUCCACAGGGAAGACAAAGGUGCAAGAAUGAAGCUAAUCAUUUCAGUUGCAGGUUUAGCCGUAGGAUCACUUCUCCUUUUAUUGAGUGUCAUUGGACUCUGUUGGUUGCACCACUUGAAUAAAAAAGAGAAAGAGGGUCAACGCAAGAUCGAACAGUUUUUGGAGGAUUACAAAGCUCUUAAGCCCUCAAGAUAUUCCUAUGCUGACAUUAAGAGGAUAACAAACCAGUUCAAGGAAAAACUUGGACAGGGUGGUUAUGGUACUGUGUUCAAAGGAACACUUUCCAAUGAUGUUUCAGUGGCUGUUAAGGUUCUCAAUAACUUCAAGGGAAAUGGUGAAGAGUUUGUUAACGAAGUUGGUUCAAUGGGAAGAAUCCACCAUGUCAAUGUUACUCGCUUAGUUGGUUUUUGUGCUGAUGGGUAUAACCGAGCCCUUGUUUAUGAGUACUUGCCAAAUGAGUCCUUAGAGAAAUUCAUAUUUGCAGCCAAGGGUGAGAAUCGUUGCCUUUGUUGGGAGAAGCUUCAUGAAAUUGCUUUAGGCAUAGCCAAAGGUAUUGAGUACCUUCACCAAGGUUGCGAGCAACGGAUCCUCCAUUUUGACAUCAAACCUCACAAUAUUUUACUGGAUCAGAACUUCACUCCUAAGAUCUCUGAUUUUGGUUUGGCUAAGUUAUGUUCCAAAGAGCAAAGUGCUGUUUCAAUGACAGCAGCAAGAGGAACCAUGGGCUAUAUUGCACCUGAAGUAUUGUCUAGGAACUUUGGAAAUGUCUCAUACAAAUCAGACGUUUACAGUUUUGGAAUGCUCUUGCUUGAAAUGGUUGGAGGGAGAAAGAAUAUUGAUGUGACAGUGGCCAAUGAAAGCCAAGUGUACUUCCCGGAGUGGGUUUAUAAUCGUUUAGACAAAGGAGAAGAAUUAGGAAUUGAUAUCGAAGAUGAAGGGCAUCACAAGAUAGCAAAGAAACUUACAAUUGUUGGACUUCGGUGCAUUCAGUGGUAUCCAGUUGAUCGUCCUUCAAUGAAAUCUGUGGUUCAAAUGUUGGAAGGAGAAGCAGAGAGUCUGACAAUGCCACCAAAUCCUUUUGCCUCUGAAGAUGACAAGAAGCCUAAGAAGCCCAUUAACAGAGAGCUAGCAGCUAUUUCUGAAUAGGAGAAAAAGCGAUUUGCAGACUGCAGCCUUAAAAUUAAAAUGAGUAUUAAGCUAUUCCCCAAGAAAAAAAUGGAAACUUUUAGUGUUUUGUAUUAAGAAAAAACAAAUGUUUCAUCAAUAUGUAGGCCAUUUUAAAAUCUUU